AUGGCUGAUAGUAAACUGCAGGUAGAACUUAUUGAGUGGUGCGACACUGCUACUAUUGAGGUCAAUCACGCCAUACUAGUAGUUGGGGUGGGGUCAGAUCUCGAAGUGGCCAAAAUCGAAGAAGAACUGCAUACAGUCCGAUGCUGGGGUUGUGUGAGAGUAAGGGGGAUCAAGCCUUACAGUGAUGGGGAUGGCUUACUAGUUCUCUGUGAAUGCAAGGAAGUCAUUGAUCCAAAUGUAGUUCCUCCUGAAGUCCGACCCAAAGAUGGCGCUGUUUGGAAGAUCAUAAGCCAUUCUCAACAGCCUACUACUCCUGCUCCUGCUGAGGACUUCUCAGCCAAGUUGCAAUGCUUUCUAAUGUCAGAAGGAAAGACCCUUGCCGAUAUCCAAAGCAUGUCUUCCACUGAUGAGUCAGUCUUGCGCGCCAUGGUUGACGUGAUCAGCCGCACUACUAAAAGUCAAGCUGAGAGCCAGGGAUACCGCAGCCUGCGGAUCUUUUCAGGAACCACUCCCACCCCAGCUGGGGAGGAAUCCCUAGAAUAUUGGCUAGAACAGGCAACAUUGAUGGUUCAAGAGAGUGAACUCACUGAACAAGAGAAGAGACAACGAAUCCUGGAGUGCUUGAGAGGGCCUGCUCUCGAAAUUGUCAAGGCAAUACGCCUCAGUAAGCAAGGAGCCACAGCCCAAGAGUUUCUUGAUGCGUUGGACAGUGUAUUUGGUUUCGUUGAGUCUGCGGAAGACCUGUACUUUUCUUUUCGGCUCAUACAGCAGAAGUGUGGUGAGAAGCUGUCAGACUAUGUUCGCAGAAUUGAACCUUUUCUGGCCAAAGUGGUGAAGAAAGGAGGGGUCUCAGCUAGUGAUAAAGACAAAGUGCGCAUUGAACAGUUGCUUCGUGGUGCAGUUGACUCAGACUUAAUGCUGCUACAGCUACGCUUGAAAGAGAGACGUACCAAACCCCCAACCUUUCUUGACUUACUGUCUGAAAUCAGAACAGAAGAAGAAUACCAGCAAACACGCAGGAAGGUGAAUGCACGUAUUCGGAAUGUUGCUGUGUGUAAUGACUCUGUUGACGAUGACGUGGAUAUAGAAGUGCUAAAGGCUGAUUUUAAAGCUUUGAAAACUCAAGUGUUUGAGAUGAGUACAAGUUCAGCUGGCGAAGGAGCUAGUGCUUACACAUCUAUGCCUAAUCCGAGUCACUCAGGCAAUGACAAGUCAGAAGCUGCUGCUUUACGAAAGAAAAUUAAGAAAUUAAGCAAAAAGUUGAAGUCCAAAGAGGGAAAUACAACUGAGCCUUCGGCUACGGUAGCCGCCGUCGGGACUAAGAGCCAAAGUCAGGGUUCUGCAGGUGGUGAGCGCUUCUGCUACAGAUGUGGAGAAGACAGUCAUAUCGCCACCAAGUGCAUAUCUGCUGAGAAUGAGAAAAAAGUCAUUAAGAGACUCAUAGCUUCGCUUAACAAUGCUAAAGGCAAGCAGUCUAAUGAUGGCAAUGCAAACAGUGAGACCACCAACUGUUUCUCCAAGAAACAGGAAGUAUGCACAAACACAAUUGCCCCUCUUCCUAAAGGUCUCAUUGGUCCACCUUCUACGGUGCAAGUGAAAGUGAACGCAACCCAUGUACAGCAAUACUGGAUAGUGGGAUAUGAUUUUCCAGGAAUUCUAUGA